GCCGUCGUUCCUCUGAAGGCGUGCCUGCCGUCCGGAAGUUAGGCCUAGUCGUCGUUAUUUCACGAUGGAACCCGGCACGACGACGCCCCCUCCGCGAUGGAGGGACCCGCCGACGAAGCUCCGGAGACGAGCGCCUACGGGACUGGGUCGCUGGACUGCCGCCGCCAAUGUCCGGCCGCCAACGCCGUCCCUGAACGUCGUGCUUGUGCUUCUAGUUUCGGCGUCGCUGCUAGGACUUGUCUGCGGGCAGCGCACAAAUUCGAGUCCCCGGCCACAGCAGCGGUUCGCCAUCGAGCCGACUGACCGGUCAGCCAUCCUGGGCGACACCAUCGUGCUAGCGUGUCGCGUCAUCGACAAGGCCGGCACGCUCCAGUGGACCAGAGACGGCUUCGGCCUCGGCAGUGACCGCGACCUCUCGGGUUUUCCAAGGUACUCUAUGGUUGGAAGCGACGACGAAGGCGAUUUUUCGCUUCAGAUCGGUAGCGUAAGCCUGGAAGACGAUGCCACCUUUCAGUGCCAAGUUGGCGGUCGAAGCGUGAAAGGCAUCCGAUCAAGGAGCGCUCCUCUGACCGUAUUUGUACCCCCGGAACCCCCAAAGAUCGUUCAAGGCGAGUUUCUGAAGACGACAGCCGGCAUGACCGUCGAGCUGACCUGCGAGUCUCAUGCCGGAAAGCCACCCGCAGAGCUUACUUGGCUCGACGGCAGCGGCAACGUGGUGACCAGCGGCGUCGAGUACAAGACGGAGCCGCUGUCGGACGGCAAACGCGCCAACGCGGCGCUCACCUGGACGUUCAGCCCGAGCCGCGAGCACGACGGCAAGACGUUCACCUGCCGCUCCGAGAACAAGGCGCUCAAGCAGCCCAUGCUCGCCACCAUUCGCAUGGAAGUCAAGUAUCCUCCAGAGAUCACCUUGACGGUGGAGUCGGACAAGAUAUCGGAGUUCGACGACGUUCGCUUCCACUGUCAGGCAACGGCCAACCCGUCUGAUAUCGUCUACAAGUGGUACAGGUGAGACACGCUUCUGCCUUU